AUGUGCGAAUGGGGGGCGAGGGGGGGGGAGUGGAGUGGGGCUCCCUGUGUGCGCUUUCACCGCCCCCAGCACAGCUUCCCCACCCCCCCACCCCCCUCCCCGGCCCGGGAUGGAACCCGGAGCCCCCACGGAGCUUCGCUGCCGCCUGGAGCCGUGGCCGCACUAUGAGAUCGGUCCGGCGACCCUCUGCGCCCUCGGCUGCGUCCUCGGCCUCCUCUAUGGCUGCGUUGGCCAUCGCUGCUUCAAGGCUGUCAUGUUCACCUCGGGGCUGCUCCUGGGUUCCGGCACCAUCUUCCUUCUGUGCUACAAGGAACGUGUGUUGGAGACCAGGCUGAGCCUGGAGCUGAGCGCAGGCAUCGCGUUGGCUAUCGGUGCUCUCUGUGGGUUGGUCACAGCUCUGCUGCGCAGCGUUGGGCUCUUCUCCACUGGGUUGCUGCUGGGGCUGCUGCUGGCUGUGGCUGUGCUGGCAGCUGCUGCACCUUUGGUAUCACCUCUAAGCCCAUGGGUGCUGGUGGGGGUCCUGCUGGGUCCUGCACUGCUCUGUGCCCUGUUGGCAUUGUGUUGGCCCAAAGCUUUGACUACGUUGUCCACUGCCGUCCUCGGUGCUGCCGUGGUGGUGGUGGGUGUGGAUUAUUUCGUGGAGGUGUUUGCUUUGGUGCUUCAUGUCUCCGAGAGGCUGCGGAUGGAGGCGGGGGGGCAGCUCUGCUGGUACAGCUGGGUCGUGUUGGGGGUAUGGCCGGCGCUCAGUCUGCUUGGUGUCCUGCUGCAGCAAUGCAGGAAGCCAAAUGGCAGCAGAACUGAACCCCCUCCGAGUGCAGCCACCGCCACCAGCCUGCCCCAGUGACACACUGCGUGUGCAACGUCUUGGCCUCAGUGAGUGUGUGCAGGGGGAGCAGUGGGUGCCCCAUCACCACCACUGACACCCCUUUCCACCCCCAGAGCUACAUACAGAGCUUGUGGGACCUGCAGCCCCCCCUGGACCCUGCUGGGACCCCCAAUGGCUCCACUGUGUCCUUCACAACCUCAGUGCCUUGAAGCCGCCUGAGAGGCCCCUGUGCCCCCCACCUGCUGUGCCUUGGGGUGCUGUUCCUCCCCCCAUGCCUGCCCCUUUAAGUAGGCAAAUGAAAGGGGAUCCUUAUAGGGUAAAUGGGAGCUUCUGCCCCAUAACCAGCCCCACACCCGCUGCAACACCCACUCCCCAUCAGCUCCUGAGAGGUUCAGCUUCACUCCUCCUCCAUUGCAAGCAGAAACCUCAUAGAAAAUAAGGCCCCAUGGUUAUUUUUGUAGGGCCUACCCAAAUGCUGUGCAUGCACUGCUGGCUCAGGACCUCAGCCAUAGUGUCCUGAAUGCCUCCAGCUGCCCCCAGCUCCUCACUGACCCCCAGACCCCUUAAUACCUCCAUUCCUGCUUCACUGACCACAUGGGCUGCCCAUUCCUGCAUCCCCCAAACCACCAACACCCCCAUCUGUGACUCCUGAGCUCCCCAGACCCCCCCACACUCCCUCCUUCAUGCUCCAGUGACCCUCAGAAUCCCCCAGACCCAUUAUGUCCCCAUCACUCUCAUCUCAAACUGCCAAGCCUGGAUCCAACCACAGCACUCCCUGCUCAGCCCCACACAAUAUGAACCCAAACAUGAUCCCAUCCCCCAGCAGAGCCCAGCACAGGGUUGGGGCACAACAAACACUGCCCCAUAUGCUGUCCCUCCCCCAUGGGAAGCAGGACGUGGGCUGGUGCCAGAGCAUGGGGCCACAUAGAAAAUGGGGCACGAGAAGGGGCCAACACUCCAACGCUGCCUCAAGGGACACAAAGGCAGCUGUGUCCCAUACACAUGACCCUGACAGUGACACUGGUGUUGGCACAGCUGCAGCUGGGAGGGUUUAAGGGGGGGGUUGGAGACUGUGGGAGGAUCCUCAGCAGGGAAAGGCAGAGCUGAGCUCAUGCCACGGGGUCACUACUGCAAUUUUAUUAUUGCAUGAUUAAAAAGGAAAGGAAGAGGAUGACAGGCUGUAACACAGAAUGGGCUGGGGAAGAAGUCAAGGAAGAGCUGCUACCCCAACAACCCCCAGCCCUGCCUGCCCGGCCCCAACAAAUAAACGUUAAAAAGGUGGAGAGGUAUCUGAGAGUUGCUGACUUUCUAACACCGAUAGGUGGGAAAAAAA